UGUCAAAGGGAAAGAAAGAGUCUUCAAUUGAUCAAGACAACGAAGAAUCGAAUUUUGAAUACGUCAUACGCGAAGCUUACGGAGAAAUUUUCCUAAACAUAUCCAGCAUUAGAGAUACUAUGAAAAGAAGAACCAGCAAGGACGAAAGAACUGAUAAUAAGCAAAGUAUUUCUUUGCUACCGGUAGUCGAAAAACAGACUUUAGUCGCGGACGAAGAAGCCUACAAGGGAGUUAUGGGUGCCAGAACAAAGCAGAGAGGAAAAUUGAGUGAACUUGGACAACCAAAGCAGUACAGUAUAGCAGAAAAGACAGGAUCUAUUGAGAGUUCGUCUAUCUUCGGCCAAAAUGCUACAAUUAAAUCAGGGAAAACGAGAGAGGACAAGAAAGAUGUUACGGAAAAGACGGACAAAAAACAUUUAAGACAGCCAUCAUGUUCAAAACUCGAGAGAGAUAUUCGUAAAGCUUUGGCCGAAAUGAGACUGCAUGAUUUCGAUUCAGAAACUGUGGGAACGGCUUCAAAUGAUGGUUCAGAAGGAUUAACUUAUUGUAAAACAGUUCGAACAAAGAACGAUGUGUUGUACGUUGUGAAGGGGAAUGUAUAACGCAUGCGCAGUCAUAACAUGGCCGUCGUGUUUCGAAGUGAGCCCCGAGUCUUCUCUUGAAGCCAACAACUUCUGAAUCUCAUCUCAAGGCCUACUGGAUCUAGAAUCUUCCACGCAGUCGUCCAUGCCAGCGAUACCUGGGCACUAGCAUUCAAGGAAUCCAAGAUGGCCGACAAAACUUUCUUCAAAACACAACAACGCUGACAGAAAAAUAAAAAUUGGCCCUGGUUCCUUCAAAUUCACACCAAUUUAAACAAAAAGCCAUGGAUCUGCUUGGUUCUAUUCUAAAUAGCAUGGAUGCACCUCCAGUUACUGAAAAUAAGGAGGCGAGAGAUAAAAAGCACAAAAUGUUAAAACUUCAAAAGGACGAGCGCAAGAAAGUAGCAGAAUUUCGUGCAAAGGUUGAAAAAGAAAUAAAUGAAUUAAUUGAAGACCCUAAAAGAAAGAGACACAAAUAUCCACCAAUGAAUAAGAUACAGAGAAGCAUAAUACAUGAUGUAGCAGAAGUUGCUGGCUUAACAACUUUUUCAUUUGGAGAAGAUGAAGUAGAUAGAUAUGUCAUGCUUUUCAAAAAGGAAUUUCCACCAUCCGAUGAAGAAUUAGAUGCAUACAGAAAUAGGCUGGAAUACGACCCUGAAGCACCAAGCAAGACAAAGAAUGCCGACACCACUCUUGAAACAACAGCAUCUGGGUCAUCAGAAGAGACUAUUAAAGAAGAUAGUGCUGGUGCUAAAUAUUGGCCAGGGAUGAAUCCCUUAAAACAAGAUUCAACACCAGCCACGUUCUACAAGGAUAAGUACAAACACUUGCUUGGUUCAGAGAGUGGCAAAGCGGCAGCUAAGGCUACGAAAAGUAAUAUCUCGUAUGGAGUUGUCCCAAGCGAGAACAAGCGAGACCUUCGCUCCAUCGAAGAAACACUCAAUGACAUUAAACGAAAGAAACAGAAGAAAACCUAGACAGACGAACACCCGCAAGAAGACAACUCUUAGAAGCAACAACUGCAACCACGAACAGUAAUUAUUGAAUGUCUUAUUGAAUGACAAAAAUAUUCUCCUGCUGACAGAGUUUCCUAGAUUAAGAGAAGUUUCUGCCAUACGGUAGCAAAAUAUAACUGAGAGCCACUAUAUAUAUGUUGCCACGCAUACCAUAGAUAUUGGUUCCCAAGUAUUUGGUCCUUUUUAUCGUAAAAGGAUCGCAUGGGUUUCAUGCGCAUACGGUGCUGUCUCUGACUGCUGUGUAGUUGAAGUUCAUUUUGAUUCUUGACUAAAUCGCAUGUGUUGCAAGAGGGGUUUUCUUCGGGUUCUACAUGCAGUUUUCCUCCCUCCGUAGAAAUCACAAUUAGAUCUAAGUGUUGUAUGUUGUAAAUAGUGAAUGUGUUAUAUGGUGGAGCGAACCUCACGGAAGAUCCCUGUACGGAAGUUACGGUUGCAAAAAAACAUAGAAAGAGGUUUUUCAUGUGAUGUCACGCUUUAGAAAAAACUUUUUUAAUCCGCAAAAUGAGUUGACAUUUAAAGUUGUCAGUACAUAUAUUAGUAAAACGUUGUAGUUCCGUGAAGAUAGCACGUAAGCUAUUGAAGAUAUGACUUAUUAAAAACAUUAAAGUGCUUAUAAGCCUUUACACAAUAUUUUCAGAAUUGAUUCU